ACCACAUCUCCCCCAAGGCAUCCCACCGUCAUCACUUACGACUCAAAGCCUCUCGCAAAAACUCGCAGCUUCAUCGCACCAAUUCUCACACUCGCCACCAGAAAAACCCCACCGCUCAAUCAUGUCGUCGCUCAAGGGACCUUCCCCCCAACACCACGAGGGCUCUGCCCUGCGCAUCGCCAUCGUCCACGCCCGCUGGAACGAGACCAUCAUCGAGCCCCUCGUCACCGGCGCCAAGGAGAAGCUGCUGGCCUGCGGUGUCAAGGAGUCCAACAUUGUCGUCCAGUCCUGCCCAGGCUCUUGGGAGCUCCCCAUUGCCGUCCAGCGUCUCUUCUCCGCUUCUCAGAUCCAGAGCACCGCUACCGGUGGCCCCUCCGCGACCGACCUUCUCGCAUCCUCUACCCCAGACCUCACCUCGCUACCCGGCGGCUCGUCUACCUCCUCAGGAGCUUUCGAUGCCAUCAUCGCCAUUGGUGUCCUCAUCAAGGGUGAGACAAUGCACUUUGAGUACAUUGCGGAGUCCACUUGCCAAGGCCUCAUGCGUGUGCAGCUUGACACGGGCGUCCCUGUCAUCCUCGGCGUCUUGACCGUCCUAACUGAUGACCAAGCCAAGGCUCGCGCUGGUGUUGAAGGCAAGGGCCACAACCACGGCGAGGACUGGGGUCUGGCCGCAGUCGAGAUGGGUGUCAAGAGGAAGGAGUGGGCCAAUGGAACCAUUGACGGUUAAUGAGACACGUCCUCCAGUGUCCAAGGCAUCAGGAUAAAUCGGCCGUCAACGGAAGUUUGGAUCAACAGCAAGUGGACUGGUUGUGUAUUAUAGACUUGUUCGGCCUAAACAACAAAAAAUAAAUGAACACGUUAUGCAUAUGGGAGAGCCAAGUA